AUGUCUGACGAGCAGCAUGAGCACACCUUCGAGUCGACCGACGCCGGCGCGUCGACCACCUACCCCAUGCAGUGUUCUGCACUGAGGAAGGGUGGUCACGUCGUCAUCAAGGGCCGUCCCUGCAAGAUCGUCGACAUGUCGACCUCGAAGACCGGCAAGCACGGCCACGCCAAGGUCCACUUAGUCGCAAUAGACAUCUUCACCAACAAGAAGCUGGAAGAUCUCUCUCCGUCCACCCACAACAUGGACGUUCCCAACGUCACCAACGAGACCUUUGAGCUUAUCGACAUUGAGGGCGACGGCUUCCUCCAUCUCAUGGACACGAACGGAGAGAUGAGGGAGGACAUCAAGCUCCCUGAGGGAUCUGACAAGGCCGAGGAGGUUGCCAAGGAGAUUCGUCGCCUUUAUGAACUCAAGCAGCAGGACGAGAACAAGGAAGUCUUUGUCGUCGUUACCAAGGCUAUGGGUGAGGAGGUUCCUACCGCGGCCAAGUAA